AUGAGUUCUUCUCGCUGCGUCAUCACCAAAGCAAACGAGAAGGAACGUACAGGGAAAAGACCAAAUUAUAAGGAAGACUCCGAUGACUCGGAAAACGAGGUUUUUUUUUUCAAAUUUUUCCAUUCUAGUGAUUUAUUUUGAAGGUAAAGAAGAUUUUGAAACAUCGUCGGAACAAAAAAGGGGCUUUUGAAUACUUCGUAAGAUGGAAAGGAUAUGGUUCUGAUGAAGAUUCGUGGGUUGCCGAAAAGGACAUGGUUUCAUUACUCAACAUUUUCCUUUUAAUAGUGGUUUUCCAGAUCGACGCCCCACCGCUCCGAGUCUACAAUCAAAAAAAUGGAAUAGGAAGAUUGAAUAAAGAUGGGGAAAGAUCGGUUUGCGUGAAAAAAAGGCCAAAAGCUGACAGCCAAGAAGCUACAUCUUCGAAGGCGGAAAAUGAUCGAAAAUCUUCUAUUUUCGAGGUCAGAAACAAAUUUUCUUUUCCUUUUUCGAAUCUUUUAUAUAUUUGAAAGCCAUUAACUUUGAAAAAAACAUUUUCGUAUCAGGCUUUUAUCUUUGGAGAAAAAAUGACACACCAGGUUCAAAAGACGUCUUUUUUGUGUAAUUUCCCAGAUUUGAAAGGCUUAGAAGCAUGAACUUCCAGUAUAUUUUUUUCAGGUGGAAGAAAUAAUUAGCCAUCGACACACUGGAAAAGGCGUUGAGUACUUUGUGAAAUGGAAGGGAUACAACCAGGAUCAAAACUUGUGGAUUCCCGGGAAAAACAUGGUUUUUUUUCUCUUUAUUGUUUUUGGUAGUAUAUCUCUUUGAGGGAAACGGUCCUCUCAUUCGCGCCUACCAAAAGAAGGCUGGAUUGAGUGAAAAAGAAAGAAGCGAAGUCAGAUCGGUCUCUCGGGAACCUUCCAGAUCUCCUUCCCAGCCUGCUAGUGAAGCUCCAUCUGAAGAAGUGAGAAAUUUAAGAUUUAAGCUGUGUUCAUGAUUUAAACGUUUUGGUUGAAAAAUGAAUAAUUUUGAAACAGAGCUUUGACAUGGAGCGCCGAAACGGCACCGCAGCUCUUUCUCUGACAUACACUGUUUUGUGGUUAUCCAACUGCGAGAAAAAAUAGUGUAUGUCAGAGAAAAAGUUGUGGCGCCCUUUUGGCGCUUCAUUUCAGAAAGUGUUUUCUGUUUGAAAAUGAGAUGCAUUAGGCUUUUAAAAUUUUAAAAAAAUACCAAAAAAAAAUUCCACUAAUCAUGAAAGACGACUGUAUUCUACGUAAUAGAAAGCAAAGAGCAUUUUUUGCAUUUUUCUUACAAUUUUUAUUCGAGGUGGAAGAAAUCUUAAACCACCGGCGGAAUGAAAAAGGAGAUCUCGAGUACUUUGUGACUUGGGUUGGAUUCGACCGCGACGAAGAUGUGUGGAUUCCCGAAGAGAACAUGGUUUUCAUUUUCUCUUUUUUUCUAUAACAUGCUUUAUUAAGGGGGAUGGACAGCUUCUUCAUGACUACAAACAAAAACAUGGUCUUGAGAAAAAAAGAAGCAGAAGCCAAUCGGUUCCUGCACAUGAAACUGAAGCAACGAAAAAUCUUCGUCAGGAAGUUCCCGAAUCUGAGUCGAAGCCUACCAUUCGGGAUUUAUCUGAAGAAGUGGAAGAACUAUCAUGAAAAUUUGUUGGAAAGAGUAACUUCAGAUUUCAUCGAAAAUUCCUCGAAGAGCCCUCGAUUCAGAAGCUCCACAUUGCAAGGUUAGCGUAAGCAAAAAACUGCUUUCUUUCCCCAAAAAAGUGAAUAAUUCUGAAGUUUUAAGUGUAUCGAAAAGGAAAAAUUUGAACAAACAAGGUGUAAUUUUUCUUCUUUAAAAAACACACCCACAUAAAUUACCAAGCUUUUCAGACACACUUUUCGAGCAAUUUGCAACAAUGAAAUAAAAGCAAAUUUUCUAUUCGACAAUGACUUUUUCGCUCUUACCUGAUGAAAAAGUUUUCUACCAGGAAUACUUUUGAAAAUUGAAUUUCAUACUUUUCUCUUCUGAAAACUUUCCUUAUCUUGAUUAUCUAGAACUUUUUCAGGAGGCUCGACCCUCUGUGAUUCACUCCGCUACGGGGAUGCCUUCAACGCCUCGAGAUCCUUUGGAAGUAUGAAUUAAAAUGAAAGUACUCCUUCAGAUUAAAUAUUUAAGAGUAGCACGCCACAUCGGGAGGCUUCAGGAUUGAAUCUGACGACUGGGAACUCUAAGAAAAGCGUCACAGAAUUAUUUCCAAGGAUGGAAGUCGACGGAGAACCGAGCCAAUUGUCGGUAAGUGUUCCUUCAAGUCAUUUCUUUUCGAUAAUUUCUUAAGUAGGUCGUUUUUCAACGAGUCUUUCCCAUUCAGGUCUUACCGAUAUGUGUAGUUCGAAGAAUUUUCCUCUUUCAUAAAAAACGUAGAAUGAAAUAAAGCAGAAAUCAAUACAAUAGUUUGAAAUAAAAAAUUUUUUAAUGACAAGUUUCUUUGAAUUUCUCUUUUUCUGCAAAGUUCCGGGGAGUUAAAUUCUUAAGAUAAGUGCCGAUAAACUUCUUUUUUUCUCAGAAAAAGUCGGAAGCGAGGGAUUCGUCGUCAGACGCUGAGAAACGAAAGAAUGACGCGAUGCUUCCAACACAAAACGUCAAAUUUCCCUGUGAAAAAAUGAUUUUCCAAAACUUUCAGGGCCAAGAAUCCGAAGAGCCAUCAACAAAAACCACGUCCUUGCCUAGACAACCGCCCGUUGAUUUUGAAGCGGAAAAAUCGCUAAAUGUUUGGAAAUUUAUUUUCAAAGUUUUAUGUAAUUUUUUCAGCCUGAAGUCAAGAUUCCUACGGUUUUACCACCAUCCAGCGAACCUUCAGUUGAUUCAGGGACUUUGAAUGAACCCUCGAACCUUGCCAACAGUGAGAGAUUUUCCGAGUUUAAAAAGUGUAAGGUUUUCAGGAUCAACCUCAAGAUCAAAUUAUGACCAAGAAGUUAAAAAUUGUGGUGCAGUCUGGAAUAUCGUGGAAAAUCGUUAGUUUUUUUUAUUUUUCAUGAAUUAGGAUUCAGGUUUUCGUAUUGCAAUUUGCAAUUCUGGACCCUAAAAAAAAAGAAUUUGGUCAAGGGGGUUCGAAAAAAAUUCGCACAGAGUUCGAAUGAAGGAUCCUUGCUUUGAAGUCGCAGAGAGAAGUUUCAUAAAGGAUUUGAGCCAAAGAAUCGUCUCCAGUGGUCUUUUAAAUUCACGCUUUGAAACCUUUUUCCAAGUAUUCACUCUUGUCUUGUUACGGUUUUUUUCAAAGUUUUCCUAUUAUUUGACAGUGUUAUUAAUUAUAUCAUACGUAUGUAGACCAAAAAGAGUUCAAACUUUUUGGAUAAAAAAAUCUGCCUCUUAAAUCAUUUUAAUGAGAAUUCAGGAAGAACUUGAAGAGCUUUGAAAAAAUUACAAAAGAGAAAAAUAAAAAUACCUGGAAUAUUAGCCACCUCAGAAAAAUGAUGAAAAAACGUUCCAGAACGGUUCCAGAUUGAUGGCGUAGAAGUGUUCGAAUCAAAUGGACUGCUAUGUGGGUUUUUUUGAUUGUUUGGUCAGAAAAAAAGAACUCUAAAAGUGAUUCAUCAUUCCCAGUGAAAUUCAAAAAGAAUUUGCAAGAAAAAUUUUGAGUUUAACAAGGUUCAUUAGAAUUUCAAAUUGAAUUUCUACCAAAUUUAUAAAAAGAAGAAAAAGUUUAUUUAUUCUGAAUUUAAGGGAUUCGGACAGUGAAACCGGUUCUGGAAAAGAAACCUUUGGAAAGGUUUUCUCAUUUCCAACAAUUGUUGGAAGUUUCUGCAAGAAAAGACGCACAAAACGCAAAUGGGACGAGCUCAGAGACCAGAGGACUUCCGGAAGUUGCUCAUGACAAGGUGAUGAUCCGAAAAACUUGAGAUGAAGAUCUUUUUACUUGUUUUGAACUAUUUUUACAACUUCUGAUUUCUAUUUUUUGCUGGGACAUUUCUCGACAAAAAAUUUAAAAAUUUCAUCGGCAUUUUGAUACAGAUCGAAAAGAAGAGUUAAGCGAUUUUAUGCAAAAAUAGCUCUGUUGAAAUAUUUUUCAAAGUGCAACGUUUUCUGAAAAAUGCAAUUGCUCUAAAAACCGUAAAGCCGUCUCACAUUUCAAAAAAUUAAUUUGGCUGCCAAAGUUUUCUAAAAUUGAAAGAGAAUGGAUUUUAGAGAAUUUCAUAUUGGUUUUAAGGCUCUGAAUUUUUUUCCCUUUCUUAAUGCUUGCUUUUUGAAUCUUGAAUAACUUGAGCUUCAUCAUGCCAAAACUCAAAAUUUGGGGAACAAUAGUAUGAAAUCAUCUCAAAUUGGCAUUGCGACAUCUUCUUGGCUUUGCGAAUUAUUCAAUCAACAAUUUCUAACUAUGAUACCCAGAUUUUUUUAUGAAUAAUAUUCCUGUGUAGUAUACUUGUGAGUUUUUUUGUAUAUUUUAUGUGUAUCUAACACUCAGUUUUUUUAAUUUUGAAUUAGCUAUCUUAGAAAAAAACUGAGGAAAAUUUGAAUUAAACGGUAUAACUACUUUAAAAACUUCAGAAGAAAAAAAUUAGUAGAAAGCAGAAAACUCAAUAGUUUAGUAUAUUAAGCAAAUUGUUGCUUAUAUAUCAUUUUCAACGUUUCAUAAAAAUUAUUAUUUCAGGGGAGAGAAAAAGACCAAGCGGAAAAAAACAAAUCGACUUCCCACUUCCCAAUUUUCGUGAUUCUUUUUUUAGUUUUUUUAUCAUUUUCCUUGGAAAUUUUUCAGGUUCAAAUGGAUUCCUCCAGAUAGCGACUCGCCAAAUGGUUAAUUUAGUUCUUUGAGAGAUUACAAAUAAUAUAUUUCUCAGAAGCGACGGAUGAACCAGGAAAAAAAUGUGCAUGGCUUUUCAACUUAUAA